AUGUCAGAAGCUAACAACAAUAAGACAAGCACUACAACUACCAAAAAUCAAGAGUCAACUGCACCUUCCAACGAGCAAUCAGAUCUUCUCGAGCCUGAGAAAAUAGGAGACUUUAUCGUUGGUAUGUAUUAUGAUCUUUUAAGAAAUUAGGAAAAACAAUGGGCAGAGGCACUUUUGGGAAAGUAAAACUAGGGACACAUACAAGCACUAAUGAGAAAGUGGCAAUUAAAAUACUUGAUAAACAGAAAAUAAAAGACUAAUCCGACCUCGAGAGGAUAAACAGGGAAAUCAAAAUUUUAAAAAAGCUUAGACACCCUCAUGUAGUCUAACUUUUUGAUCGGUGAUCAGAUUAUGAAGUGCAUAAGGAAAAACGGUAAACUUAAAGAGAGUGAAGCUUGCAAGUACUACUAAUAGAUAAUAUCCGGUAUCGAAUACAUACAUAAGAUAGGUGUUGUUCAUAGAGAUAUAAAGCCUGAAAAUAUCCUUCUCGAUCAUAAUAAUAAUGUGAAGAUAGUUGAUUUUGGGUUGGGUAAUUUGUAUACAGCAGGUACUAUGUUAAAAACAGCAUGUGGUAGUCCUUGCUAUGCCGCUCCUGAAAUGACUAAAGGUUAAAUUUACCAUGGAAUAAUGACAGACAUAUGGAGCAGUGGUGUAGUUUUAUUUGUAAUGGUAUCAGGUUAACUGCCAUUUUAAGAUCGUAAUACAAAUAAGUUAUAUCAAAAAAUUUAAACUGCUGAUUAUAAGAUGCCGGAUUAUCUUUCAGAUCCUUUAAAAGAUUUUAUAAAGAGAAUUUUAGUUCCAGAUUGGAAUUUAAGAUAUCGAAUCGAGGAUAUUAGAGCACAUCCCUGGUAUAAUAUAGUAAAGCCGAUAGAGAAGGAUGGUAUCAUUUUAGACCGUUAUGAGAUAUUAGUUGAUGAAAAAAUACUCGCAAGAAUGGAAUGA